AUGGCAGCCAUCGAUCGUUUGGAAGCAGCAAAGUACCGCAUAUCAGUUGUCGCUUCAACUGUUGGCUUCGACGUGCUAAAAGAAAACUUCAAGUUCAACAUCUUAAGCUACAUUGCUCUCAUUGAUAUUGUGACUUAUAUGUCCAUUAACUGCUACGACAUCCAUCUUUUCUGGGGAGACUUCAUCCGUGUUUGCUUCUGCCUUGUUACUUGGAGCUUUGGGUAUCAAGGAUCAGCAAGAAUCAUUGUUUUCGUGUCAAAAGAGAAGUUGAUCAAAGAUUUGUUGGCUAAAAUCAAGGCUUUUAUGCUUAAGAUGGAAAAGGAUAUGUCAACGAAUUUCAUUGUGCGCCGAUUUGCUGGUUACAUUGAUUUUCAAUGCAAAGGCAUCACAAUAAUUUUCUACCUAACAGGACUCUUGACGAUAGUUUAUCCAGGACUCGUAUAUCUUUUUACGAAAGAAGCUAUUUUGCCUUUUGGUUUUAUUAUUCCGGGCUUGAGUGAUAAAGAGCUGCUUGGUUAUACCUUGAACUAUUGCCAUCAUAUUUUGCAAGUGAUUUUCACAGUUGCUGGAUUAGUUGCGGCUCAAUGCAUUAAUAUUAUAUUUCUCCUUGGCGCAUGUUUGAUGAUUGAAGUUCUCAUUGUCAACCUGAAAUCAUUGGAGAAAGAGUUGAAGGAAAAUGAUGAUGAUAAUCAUGUUGAAAUGCAUUUCAUUGAGAUCAUUAAAACUCAUCAGGAAAUAAUCGAAUUUGUUCACACCUUGGAAUCACUUUUCAACUUGAUGUUCUUGGUUGAUGUCUUUGCCAUCUCUUUUCAAGUCGUCAUUAUUUUGAUGGUUUUAUCAGAAAGCAUAUGGAUUCCUGGAUGUGUAAUUAUGACAAUGGUUUCCUCGAUGUUGUUCAUUGACUGCGCUUACGGUCUUUAUUUGGAACUAAAGUUUGAUGCUAUUUGUACUGCUAUUUAUGACCUCUCAUGGCAUUUAAUGUCAUUGAAAAAUCGCAAAACUGUCCUUUUCAUGUUGACUCGUGCACAGAAACCUCCGCUAUUGACUUUUGGUAAAAUGGCUUAUAUGAAUAUGGCAACUUUUGUUCAAGUUUACAAAUCUAUUUAUUCGUAUUUCAUGAUGUUGAAGAGCUUUGAGGCUUAA